AUGGCUGGAGGAAAGAUUCCUAUUGUCGGCAUCGUGGCAUGCCUACAACCCGACAUGGGUAUAGGGUUCCAAGGAGGCCUGCCUUGGAGGCUAUCCAAGGAAAUGAAGUAUUUCAGACAGGUCACUUCGUCGACCAAGGAUUCAAGUAAGAGAAAUGCUGUGAUAAUGGGCAGGAAAACAUGGGAAUCCAUACCACCUAAAUUUCGCCCCUUGCCUAACCGAAUGAACGUAGUCAUUUCAAGAAGCUUCAGUGAUGGCUUCGCCCACGAUACGGAGGAAGCAAUAAUUAGGAGCAAUUCACUGGAAAACGCGUUGAACCAUCUAGAGGACAAGUUUCGAGACUCAUUAGAAAGAAUAUACGUGAUUGGCGGUGGCGAAGUCUACAAUCAAAUGUUCCCACUUACAGACCACUGGCUCAUCACAAAGAUAAACGCGCUGAGCGAAACCGCACUACCUUCCAUGGAUACGUUCCUGGAUGCGAAAAGAUUGAAAGAAGCAUUUAGCGAGCAAGAUCCGGCCCAAUUGAAAGAAUUUCUCCCCACUACGGUCGAAUUGCCCAAAAAAGACUCCGACCAACGCUACUCCCAAGAGGAGAAGGGCUAUCGUUUUGAGUUUGCGCUGUAUAAUCGUAAAUGA